UAAUUAAUGAGUAAGGAUCGGAUAAAGACAGGCAAUUAAGGAAAUAAUUAUAAACAAAUACUAGAACGAACCCAUUCAAUUCAAUUCUAUCACUUGCCUACCACCAACCUUCCUCUUCUAUUCUCUCCUGUCCUCCUAUUUUCUCAUCUCUUAUUUGUUUGUUUGUUUCUUAUUAAGUUGCUCACAUAUAUACAUAUUACAACAGAGAAACAGAGAGAUACAUAUAAUUAUAUAUAUAUCAUUCAAAUUCAUAAAGAAAAAGAACGCAGCAAUAUGGCAGGAGGAUCGAUGGGAGCGGUGGGAGUGGCCAAGGAGAGAGCAAAGGAUUACAAGGGAAAAGUCACUUCUUAUGUUAUCAUUGCUUGUAUUGUUGCUGCUACCGGUGGUUCCUUAUUUGGUUAUGACAUUGGCAUUUCAGGUGGAGUGACAUCCAUGGAUGGAUUUCUAAACCAUUUCUUUCAUGGGGUAUACGUGAAGAAGAAACAUGCCCUUGAAAACAACUAUUGCAAAUUCAAUGAUCAGGGCCUUGCUGCUUUCACUUCUUCACUCUACCUAGCUGGCUUGGUUGCCUCUUUGGUUGCCUCCAAUGUUACCAGAAACUAUGGCCGCAAGAUUACCAUUAUAUGUGGUGGCCUUUUCUUCCUUGUUGGGGCUGCUCUUAAUGCUGCAGCACUCAACCUUGCCAUGCUUCUCUUGGGCCGAAUCAUGCUUGGAUUUGGCAUCGGAUUUGGAAAUCAGGCAGUUCCUCUUUAUUUGUCUGAAAUGGCACCAACACAUAUACGAGGGGGUGUGAACAUGAUGUUCCAAUUAGCAACCACCCUAGGGAUUUUCACAGCAAACAUGAUCAACUAUGGAACAUCAAAACUCGAACCAUGGGGAUGGAGGCUAUCACUUGGCCUAGCAGCACUUCCAGCAACUUUGAUGACAAUCGGAGGAAUACUUGUCCCUGAGACACCCAGCAGCUUGAUCGAAAGAGGAUUGACUGAGAGAGGGCGCAAGGUUCUAGAAAGGAUCAGAGGGACAGAGAAUGUUUCUGCAGAGUAUCAGGACAUGGUUGAAGCGAGUGAGUUUGCCAAGUCAAUUAAGCACCCUUUCAGAAACAUCUUACAGCGGAGGAACAGGCCACAGCUGAUUAUGGCCAUCUUCAUGCCAACAUUUCAGAUCCUUACAGGAAUAAAUUCUAUUCUGUUUUAUGCUCCUGUGCUAUUUCAGAGUAUGGGAUUUGCUGCAAACGCCUCUCUUUAUUCCUCAGCUCUAACAGGAGCUGUGCUUGCUUCCUCGACAUUGAUUUCCAUUGCAGCUGUUGAUCGACUAGGAAGACGGGCGCUGCUUAUCAGUGGAGGAAUAACGAUGAUCACUUGUCAAGUUAUUGUGGCAAUUAUCUUGGGAAUAAAAUUAGGAACAGCAGGGGAACUAUCAAAGGGCUAUUCCAUUAUAGUGGUGAUUGUGAUAUGCCUCUUUGUGCUGGCCUUUGGGUGGUCAUGGGGACCCCUAGGAUGGACCGUCCCUAGUGAGAUAUUUCCGCUGGAAACCAGAUCAGCAGGGCAGAGUAUAACAGUAGCAGUCAAUCUUCUGUUUACUUUCAUAAUUGCACAGUCUUUCCUAUAUCUGCUAUGCCACCUCAAAUUCGGGAUUUUCUUGUUCUUCGCUGGCUGGGUUACCGUCAUGACCAUAUUUGUACUCUUGUUCUUGCCUGAGACUAAGAAUGUACCGAUUGAAGAGAUGAUCCUUUUAUGGCAAAAGCAUUGGUUUUGGAAGAGGAUAAUGCCCCAGGAGUCUGUAAUUAAUGGUAGCUAAGUUGAAUAGGUGCUGCUAACACAACUGCAUAGCUGUUGUAGAAUGUAUUUAUACUUGCUUUUUUCUGGCCCUGAUAAUUUUUGUGUGUACUCAUACAAGAGAGGCUUGGAUACAUAUACAUAAUAUGAAAUGAGAGCAUUAGGCCUGAA